ACUAGAAGUCAUGACCCAGUUCGCACCAUCAUCCUAUUACAGUACGUUUACCCCUUACCCUACGUGGUAAGUAAUAGUACUGUUCGAAAUGCGUUGGCAUUUACAAGUGUUGUGAUAGCAAACAGCACUGCGCUGCGGAUAAACAGGACCAUUUAUCUCAGAAAUCUCCUGUAGCCACACCAUGAGCUCAUCUCAGCCGUUCAGAGAUGAAAGUGGCGUUUCAAGGUUUCCGAAUAUGUACUUCCUCUUAUGCUGUCGUAUAUUUAGUGCUUCUAAGACGGUUGACAGUUACAUUUAUACUCGCGUACAUAGGUGAGGCGUCACGGAUAACGGUUCAUUAUUGUAAAUUACUUUAAAUUACUCGCCUUGGUUUUCACCUUCAACCCUAAACAUGAAAAACUGUAACUGACUUUAUGAGAUCUGAAUGUAAAAAAAAACAAACGGAACAUGAAGCUCACCAUUUUGUUCUUCCUGUGGGUUGUGCCUCUGUCCCUGGCCUCUCUGGUUCCUAUGGGCAGCGCCCCUGCAAUCAAGAAGUAUCAGCCUUUGAACAGGGCGGGCAGACUCGCUGUGCAUGAAGAGGUUGGAGGGACAGAACUCAAGAGAACCAAGCGGAACCCCACUGAAUGUGAAUUUAAAUGUCCUCCUGGUUCUUACAAAAGUUUGCAAAAUUCCUGUACAAAACAACGAUCGCACUGUUCCCCUUGCGAACAUGGCACCUACACUAUAAUUGAAAAUCAGUCAUCACGCUGUUACCUGUGUACCUCUUGUGAUGAGAAAGCGUCGCAGGUCGUGAAGAUCAAUUGCACCAGCACAUCCGACACCAAAUGCGACUGCAAAGAAGGAUACCAACGAUAUAACCACUCUGAAGACACAUUUGAAUGUGAGCGGAUAGACAAACCAACGCCCACUGUUCCUACCACUAAAGCUACUCAAACCAGAAGUACGUUGACAGCACCAGCAGAUCCUACUGGAAAGAUCCCAGAUCAGCCUGAGCUGCCCCACCACAUCCUCCUCAUCAUGACAAUAGGGUUCCUUCUGCUGGGGGUCACGUUGGUCCUGACCUUGCGCUGCUGCACCCAGCUGGGGAGGGAGUCCAACAAGCAGCACUUCCUGAAGUCCAAACUCCUUUACACCACUAUUCAACUACCUCAAGAGAUACCAAAUUAUGCCUCUCCAAGUCAGCUGUUUGAAAGUCCAGAGCCCCUUGUCCAGAUCCCCUUGGCGUCUGGCAAUGCUGCGAAAGUCAAUCGAGCCGGACCUCUUGACCAACGUGAACUUCUAGUUCUAAGGGAGGAAUCGUUAAGGAGCGAUUGGCCAGCAUGGAUACUGUAUGCCAUCAUCGAAAAAGUGCCUGUGCGGCGUUGGAAGGAGUUCCUGCGGCUGUUGCGUGUUCCAGAUGGCCAGAUGGAGCGUGCUGAGCUGGAGGCAGGACCGUCCUACCUAGAGCAGCAGUACCAGAUGUUGCGGCUUUGGAGCCGCAGGGCCGGGGUGCAGCUGGCAGAUGUUUAUAACGUGCUGCAGAACAUGGACCUGUCCGGUUGUGCGCAGGACCUGCGGGACAAGCUGGAGCAGCAGGACGUGCCGAUACGCACGAGGUCACCCGCCUACCCGGCCAGCGGAUGGGACUGUGAACCCACUGAAGGAACAGGAGAUGCAGCCUGAUUUUUUCCACGUUCUCAUGCAUGAGAUCGUAAAACCACUCAGCCUUGCCUGGGUGAUAGGUGCCGAAUGGAAUGACCACAGAACAAGAUUCUUGACUGCGUCAUGGGCAGUGAGCAAAACCACUUGGGCAAAUUUCUUCUUUUGGUUUCUGUCAGACUUAAAUACAAACUACAAUCUGUCAGAAUGAGGAAGUGUCUAUACCAAGAACUGGGCAAAUGAGGACAUUUUUUUUCCUAGUCAAGUGAAUCAAUGCUGAAAGAGUAUUUUAUUUGAAGGAUUUUAUCUUUAAGUCUACUGGGGGAAAAUUUAUUUCUUGGUUCAUCCAUGCAAUAUAGGUAGCCAAAAUUGCACCUACACACAUGCCAGGAAAGAUGUAUGUAUGCUAAAGUUAGAUAAACAGUAAGUAUAUUUUAUUGUUAGAACAGUACUGUAGGAAUGUUCUUACUUGAAACAAGUUGAAGAACAGUGAAGUUCUGCUACAUACGCAGAGAAGUGUAGUUGUGAAAAGUGUAGUGUCACCCACUGGCAGACGGAGCGAGAAGGGGAAGCUCGCGCGCCUCACCAAAAAUGGGAAAUGACUCGGCUGUGUUACAGCUCAAGAUGAAAGUCGUGUGUGGAGGGAAUCUGUGGGUGAUAUUCCUGGGACUGGGGAGGCAUUUCAUAGUCUGCUAUUUUCUCAAAGGUGAACACAGCCCCUGGGAAGCUGCAAUGCCAGAUAAAACAAAGGUUACCGCUCAAGAGUUAUUAGCAAUGAGACAAAAACAGGUUUAUUUGUUCAGUUUUAUACGGUGAUGCUUCUUACAAACUACAGUUAUACACUAAGCAGAUCCCACUGUCCAUGAACGCCGCACAAUUUGUUGUCGGCUGUUCAGUCAUUUUAUUCAGGUUAUGUUCUCUAUAGAGUGGGUGGCGCUCCACAGCCAAAAAACGUCAAGUGUUCUCUUCAGUAAUGGUUGCACCUGUUUUUGAAUAGCUAUGCUUAUAUAAAAUGUUAACGUACAGAAUAAGAAGGAAAAUGGUGCAAUAAAAACAAAAUAAUACAAUAUAAAUAGUCUGAAACAGCAUCAAACAGGUUCUCAGGCAAACACAAAGAACAAACAAAAACAAACAGCCAAUUCAUGAUUGAAUCUUUGAGGGUUGUGGUUCAGUAUUUUAUGAGUUAUGGUUUUAGGAUUAGGCUUUAGUAUGUGCAGUAUCAGUUAGGGUGUCCCAGAAAUACUGAAUGAUUAAUAAGAAGGAAGCCAGAGCAGAUAUACCCCCCAAAAGCCAACCAACCAAGUGCUGGACUUAAUAGCAGUGAAUGCUACUUUUGGGCUUUAAGACCCAAGACUAAAGCCUUAACAUUAAUAACAGGAAAUAAGGAUAGAUAGCAUCCAGAAUCUUAUUUCCAUCAGACCAAAUUCUUAUCUUGAUUUGUGAGGUGGUUACUUAGUUGAGGUAUAUGGUGAAGUAUUAUCUUGCUAAUGCAACUUAACUGUAUGUUACUGAUGUUAACGUGCGUGAGAAAAACGGGUGGGGCACAAAAUGACAUGAAAUAUCAAUGUAUGAAUUGUUGUUAUUUAUGGUAUCCAUACUGCAAAGUAUUUACUGUGAAAAUAAACAUUAAAAUGUCUAUGUAAUGUAUCUGAAAAAAAAAAUCUUAGCUGGAUGGCACCUACUGUAUUCAUUGUGCUGCAAUGUAAAAACCAAAUGCAGUUGAGAGCCAGCAGUCAAUGGAGCGAAAAUGCUCUGCGUGCCAAACCGUAACUGUACGGGAAAGGCUUGUUCCCUGAAGUCAGGAGACAGAGUUCCUCUCUACCACGGAAUAUGAUGCAUGUAUGAUGUAAUGAAGCUUUGUGGAAAAUGGUACUCCACUCCAUCUCCACCGAAAAAAAAAACUUCAUUUUCUUUUCAU